UUUCUCACACUCAUGCACACUCAUUCUCUCCCCGCGGUAUUAUUCUGAGUCAGCCAGUGGCAAGCUAUGGUUUGUUGUUUGUGGUCAACCCAGCUGUAUGGGGUAGCAGUAGCUGUCAGUGACUGAUCAGCUCUCCAUGGCCUAUCAUCCCUCCAGCUCUGGCUCCUACACUGUGGUUAUCAUCCCGCUUAAGACCAGUCUGUGCAGCGUGGACGCACUUCGCUUCUACCUAUGGAUUAAACGGUUGAAGGAUCUGGAGAAGGAGAAGGACGCUCUGUGGUCUGGUCUGGAGAUUCUGGAGAAGGCUCGGCUCUGGUAUCUCCAGCGGCUGGAGGAGAACGGGGCUUGGCAGGAUAGCAUCGAAAGCAGAAGUGGGUUUGUCUCCAGAAAUGAAGAUGGAGCAGAGGCUCGCUCCUGCCUCCUCAGGUCUCGUAUCCAGCGCGUGAACGGUUCACUGGGCUCUGUGAUGAGUGAUCCCAACGCCAUGACCAGCAGCAACCCCUCUCUGCUUGAAGCAGUGGCAGACAGUGACCUCCGGUGGCACAACUCAGUACUGACUCAGGCGGUGAAGAACAAGAACUGUCAAAUAUCCUUGUUAGAACAGGAAAAACACGCUCUCCUCAAUCAACUCCAUGCACUGAAGAACUGCUGACUAUAAGCUUACACGUGUAUUACACCCCAAACUUACAUUUAACUGGAUAUCAUACAGUUAUUUGCAUGUAAAUAUGUAUUUAAAUUAAUAAAUGAUAGUAAAUGAUACAUUAUUUUUUUUCUUUGCUUUGUGUGCAGUGAACCAGCCUGACUGGAAGGUUUUUGAAUAACUCGACUGACGUGUUGAAUGUGCUGCAUUUGUUAAUUCCUCAUGACUAUCAUUUAACGUUGACCUCUUUAUCAGCUCUCUGCUGCUGAUGACACAUUUAGGGUUAUGUCAACAUCCAAGCAUUUCCACAAAUUCGUUCCUGCACUAUUUGCCUAAUUAAAAUGUAAAAGUAUAUUAAAUAACAACUGCAAGUCCAGAAAAAGAUGCACGAGGCUUCAUUUGAACCGUAACACCUUCUAGUUUCUGUAAAUGUGCUUGCUGGGCACGUGAAUAAAUCAUAUUCUAACUGUAAGAGACUCUGUGAAUAUAUUCAGUUGUAUGUAGACGUACAGUUGAAUAAUAGAUACACCUGGAUCACUGCAUUGAUUCUUUAUGAAAUGAAAUGUUUCCAUGUUUGGAGAUACUGUCUGAAAUGG